CAGCCUCAUAUAUAAUUUUUUUCACAUUUCCCCCCUCUUAAAAACUGCAACCUCAUCACCUUCCAUAUUUAUGAUAUCUCUGCACUCAAGUCUUUCUCUCCAUCACAAGACAUGGUACAAUCAAAGAAAUUCAGAGGUGUUCGGCAGCGUCAGUGGGGCUCUUGGGUUUCCGAAAUUCGCCACCCUUUGCUGAAGAGAAGGGUAUGGCUAGGGACAUUCGAGACAGCUGAGGCUGCUGCAAGGGCAUAUGACCAAGCUGCUAUUUUGAUGAACGGCCAAAAUGCAAAGACCAAUUUCCCCAAGGCUGCUCACCCUGGUGAACAAAAUGCUCGUGGUGGUGGUGGUGGCGGUGAUGAUGAUGAUGAUGAUGAUCGGUCUCCAUUGCCCCCUAAGGCCUUGGCCGAGCUUUUGAAUGCUAAGCUGAGGAAGUGUUGCAAAGACCAAUCUCCUUCUUUGACUUGCCUCAGGCUCGAUACCGAUAAUGCUCAUAUAGGUGUUUGGCAAAAGCGUGCAGGGAAUCGAUCGAGUUCCAAUUGGGUCAUGAGGGUUGAGCUUGGGAAUAAGAAGGUUGAUACCCCGGCGUCCGGAGACAGAAGGACACUGUCGCCGGGGUCGUCAACUACGGCGGAUGAGAUCGAAGCCGGGAACCUAAUGGGGGAAGAAGAUAGGAUUGCACUGCAGAUGAUAGAAGAAUUACUCAAUUGGAAUUGUCCCGUGACUUCUUCAACUUCUCUAAUUGGAGUUUAAGUGUGUUAUAGCUACUUAAAAACAUAUAUGAUAUUGUGAACAGCGCAGUGGUGAAGUCCCAUUGCUAGAUAUAAAAAAAGAAUUUCUACUCAAAAGUCCUUUUAGCAUUUUACCCUUUCAAGGUCAUAAGUCAUUGUUCUACCAUCCCCGCAUGUAAAACUGGUUGUGAAAUUUUACAAUAUGAAAGCAAAUGUAGAUCACCACCUACAUAACUGUUUAAACUUCGAAUUUAA